CACCAUAAGGGGAUAUUGCGUGGAUUUCUUUUUUUUUGAUCAGCGAGGAGUGACCGCACUUCUAUGCGUCAGCUCGUUGCUUCCUCCUUGUCGACGGUGAAGGCAGGAAGAGUUCCGUGCUAGCAGCAGAGGGCUGGCGCCUUUGGGGCGUCAUGGAGUCGUUCAGCUCGAAGGAUCUGGCCCUCCGCACACAGAAAAAGGUGCUGAGCCGGAUGGCAUCCAAGACUCUGGCCCAGCUCUUCAUCGAUGACACGAGCAGCGAGAUCCUGGACGAGCUGUACCGGGUGUCCAAGGAGUUCACGGGCAACAAGGCAGAAUCGCAGAAGGUGCUGAAGAACCUGGUGAAGAUCGCGGUGAAGAUCGCCGUCCUCUACCGGCACCAGCAGUUCUCCACCGAGGAGCUGGGCAUGGCGGAGGACUUCAAGAAGAAACUGCGUCAGGGAGCCAUGACGGUGGUCAGCUUUUAUGAGGUGGCCUUUACGUUCGAGCAGAGCGUGAUGGCGAGCAUCCUGGGAGACAGCCGGGACCUCCUGCUCAAGCUGGUCUCUAGCCACCUCACGCCCAAGUCCCACGGCCGCAUCAAGCACGUCUUCAACCACUUUGCCAACCCCGAUCUGCUGACCAAGCUCUACGGUCCUGAUGAGCCAUACAGGUCCCACCUCAAGAAGAUCUGCACGGGCCUAAACAAGUUGCUAGAGGAGGGCACGCUAUAGGGGGUGGUGUGGUCUCUAGGCCCACCCUAACCCUCCCCCCUUCCAUUCCUGGCGAUGCCCUCUCUUCCCCUCCCCUCCCCGCACACCUCAGGAUGUCAUCCCUCUUGCAAACACAUGGGACCUCUUCACUCGCACCCAUCAUUGGGAGUUUCUUCACCUCCAUCACAAUCCAAAAGUUAUGGGAGCAGGGAUGACAGCCACUCAAACCCUCUUACCCUGUCUUUCCCCUUCACCAUCCCAUAAGGUAAAAUUUUCCCCCCUCUAACACCUCUCCCCGCCCCCGCCCACUGAUUCUCACACUCAGGAUGCCACAUCUCAAGAGGACGUGGUACCUUUCCAAACAACACCACCCCACUCAACCAUCCUCAGGAAGUCCUUCUCCAUCCACCACAAACUGAAAUCUUGGAAUGGGGAUGAUGGCCACUUGGCCCCUCUUAUGCCAAGUCUAUCUCCCUUUCACCGUCCCGCAAGGUCAAUCUUUCUUUCGAUGCUCCCCCACUCUCCCAGAGGUUAAGACUCUCCAAGGACUCCCAGAACUUUGGAAAGAGAUUCACCCACCCCACUCUCUUCUAUCCUAAACGGGUCUUCCCUACACCUUCACCGGUUAAUUGGUGUACCAAGAUUCAGUGAAUUGAGUCUGCCUUUGCACCAUCCCAAUAGAUCAUUCCAUACAUUAGUACACUGAGAACAGAAUGCAGAAUAGAGUGCUACAGUUACAGAGAAAGUGCAGUGCAGGCAGACAAGUACAAGGGCCACAAUGACGUAGAUAGGGCGAUCAAGAGUUCAUCUUUCAGAGUGUGAGAGGUCCGUUCAACAGUCUGGUAACAGUGGGGUAGAAGCUGUCCUUGAGCCUUGGUGGUUCAUUCUUUAUGGUUUUUGUAUCUUCUGCCUGAUGGGAGGAGGGAGAGCAGAAACUGUCCGGGGUGGGUAUGCUCUUUGAUUGAUGCUGGCUGCUUUCCUGAGGCUGAGAGAGGUGUAGACAGAGUCUACAGAGUGGAGGAUGGUUUCUCUGAGGUGCCGAGCUGUGUCCACAACUCUCUGCAGUUUCCUGCGGUCAGGGGCAGAGCAGUUGACGUACCAAACCGUGAUGCAUCCAGGAAAAAUGUUUUCUGUGGCGCAUCUGUAAGAAUUGGUGAGGGUUAAUAGGGACAUCCCAACUUUCUUUAGCAUCCUGUGAGGUAUUGGUGAGCCUUCUUAGCCAUAGUGUCUAUGUGGUUGGACCAGGGCAAGUUGCUGGAGAUGCUCACACCCAGAAUCUCAAUUAUCACCAUUAAUACAAACAGGGAGCACCCCACCCUCCCACACACACACACAAAUUCGUCUUGUGCAAACUGGCCUGUGGGGUAGUUCUCCUCCCUUCUCUUUCCCAUGAAACAGAACAGUUACUUUAUCCUACAGAUUGUCCCCUUGUCACUUUGUAGAGUUGGACCUGGACAAAGAGAGAGAGGGAGAUACAGAGAGAUAGAUAGAUGGAGAAAUGAGACCGUGUUAGCACAGGACAAGAAGGCAGGAUGGCUAAAAAGCCUACUCGACAGCUUGCUAGGGAUGGGAUGCCUGCCCCCUGCCUCCCAACCAAAGUCUGAAGUCAGCAAGAUGAAGCACGGUUAAUAUCGAGAGUUUACAAAUGGAAUCCACACAACAGGCCAGGAAGGAAUUAAUGGGACAGAAGAACUAGACUGACUGAAUGGCCUACUCGGCUGCUCACUGAAGUCGGCAAGACUAAGAACGUUUAAUACUGAGCGCUUACAAAUGCAACCCACGUGGCAGGUCUGGUAGGGGCUCACCAGCCAGAGCUAUCUCCUGUCUUGGGUCUAGACAGAUCAUUCCGUGCAUGAGUGAAAGGGGAGCAGCAUAGAGUGUCACAGCUGCAGAAAAAGGGCAGUGCAGGCAGAUGAACAACGUGCAAGCUGGACUGGGAGAUCAGGAGUUCAUUUUUAGUGUAUGAGAGGGGUUCAAGGGUCUGCUAGCAGUGGGGUAAAAGCUGUCCUUGAGUCUGGUGGCUGGUGUUCUUUCAGGCUUUUCCAGACUGGGGGGUGGUGGGGUGUGGAAGAGAUUGAUUGACCGGGGAUGAGGGGGAAGAGAGAGACAUUAACUGGGGUGGGAAGGGAAAGAUUGACUGGGCUAAGAGGGGUGCUUGAUUAACGUUGGCUGCUUUCCUAAGGCAGCAAGAAGAGUAGAUGGAGUCACUAGAGGGGAGACUGGCUUGAGUGGUGUGGCGGAGGGUCGUGAAAACCACAGUCUCUGGAAAUUCACAGACCUUGAGACGAAGUGCACGACACUAUCGCAGCUCGGGCCGUCUGGAGUUCAAUUCCGGCACCAUCUGUAGGGAGUCUGUACAUCCUCCCCGUGGAAUGCUUAGGCUUCCUCCCAGAGUCCAAAGACGUACCGGCUGCGUUAAUUGGUCAUUGCAAAUUGUCCUGUGAUUAGGUUCAGGUUAAUCGGGGGUUCUGGGGCAGCCUGACUCGAAGGGCAGGAAGGCCUGCUCGGCACGAUAUUGCUAAAUAAAUGGAACUCUGCUGAGAUACGAGCAGAUAACAUUCUCACACAGGCAUGGGACUCUAGCCCACCUCAGGAAUAGGGAGUAUUUUCACAAGACUGAGCUUCACCUGGCCACACAAAGAUGUCAAGGGGAGAGACCCUGUCCAACUGGAUGUAACUUUCCCCAGGGGACUCAGAGUGCUGAUAGUCAUGGUGGGGUAGAUGUAGUUCACUUAGACUUCAGGAAGGACCAAUAAGGUUAUAUCUCAUUGUGGAUCCAUGGAUCAAGACAAGUUGGAAAAAUGGAUCUGAAUUCUGUAACGGGACUGGCAGUCUUCUGCAAGGAUGAAUACUAGGACCCUUAAUUAUAACAUUAUCAAACUGGUUGUGAAUGUACAGUAUAAAAGAGAGGGGACUUGCAGAUCCUAUCCCGGUUUUAAACAUCCCCUUUCUUUUCAGGGGCAACUAGAGAUCAUGUUUCAAUGCACAAAUUAACUCCCUCCUACCCAUCGAGAUUUCAAUGCCUUUUAUAUCUUCAAUGAACCUCAGUGACAGCCCCAGCGCCUGACCUGGGAACAAGUUCACUCCUCUCUCUCCCCCCACUGUGCUCCUACCACAAUCUAACCGGGGUACCCCCACUUGGGGGUCUGUGACAGAGCAGCAGACAGGGAGCUUUGCUACGUCAACUCUUUCUUAAAAUUAAAAUAUACUUUAUUCAUUAAAAUAUGUAUAUAUGCAAAUGUUUAAGUAAACAUUUUCCUAACAAAUAAUGUUAUUCCAUUGCUUAACCAUGUGCACAUCACCACAACC